CAAUCUUUCUCUCAUCCACCUGGCCCUGGUUCAUUAUGGAAUCCCAAUGCACGAUUGAAUUUUUGCUUCUGUUGCUUCUCGUAUCCGGCUAAGUUGGUGUACUGACUGAAAGUUGCUUUUUAGUGCUUGCCCCAACCUUCCAGCCAGUCUGGAACAUACAAUGACCCCUCAGAUCAAGUCUGAACCACAAAAUAUGUCUUUGUCCCAGUCAUCUUUGCACCACAUGGACCACAUUUCCCAGUCAAGGCAAUCACAAAUGAUCCCAGGACUCUCCAACAUGGCCUCCAGAGGAAUCCAGGAUGAUGAACUUUCGAGCCAGGACAAUUUCUCUUUGUGUUCAAGUACCCACCACAGCCAUGGAACUCCCAGUGACUUCAAGGGUUGGGCUCUGAGCGACGUGGAUGCACUUGACAACGGUGCCAUGUCCAAGCCCGAAUCUCCCGCAGUCCAGAUGUUGUCGUAUUCAUUCUCCCAACAGCUUCUGCCAACCACUGUUGGCCCCAAUGAUGUAAUGUAUCAUCACGCCGGGUCCGAUUUCUCAAGCAUCCAGGAUAUGUCGGAACAAAAUGACAUGGACUUCACCCAUGCACAAGAGUUCAACCACUAUUCGUCCCUGGUUGACUUCUCUGCUUUUGAAAAUGAUGUUUGUGGAUCAAAUGGUGCCCAGUCCUGCUCAGCCGACGAUGCUCUUUCCGUCGGCCAAAGCUCUCACACCGAUGACAGCCACCUGGCUGCCAACGACGCAUGGAACUCCAUUGUUGCAGACUCCCGGAACUACCAAGGAUCUCCCAUGGACCAAUAUACCACUAUGUUCCAGCCCAUCCCCGUUUCUCCCCCUCUCACUGAAGCAAGCAAUGAUGUUUCUGUUGCCUCUUGCCACACUGGAUACCCCACUUUCAUGACCCACGAAGAUGCCAUGCUCAAGGAUAUCACUGCCACGCCCGUUGGAAGCCAUGGAAUCAACCUCGGAGAUCCUCUGUUCCCCCUCACGCCUCCUCUGAGUGAACAGGACCCCAACCGAACCAUCCGACCAACCAAGAGUGCCCGUAGACCCACUAUUCAGACCUCACCGUCUCAGCCCCAGGUGAAGCAGGAUCCAGACUUCUUUCCCCCGUUGCCCGUCAAGGACACUCUUCGACAGAAAUCCAAGGAAAGCGCCGAGCUACGCAACCCGCGGGAUCACCCUUACUACUCCCUGCCUACCUUCAGUGAUGGAAAGUACUACUGCCCGUAUGCCAAGUCCGACAAGCCUUGCAACCACCCUCCCACUACUCAGAAGUGUGCCUACCACAAAUACCUUGACUCCCACCUCAAGCCCUACCGCUGCAAGAUGCCUGCCUGCAUGGAUGCCCAGCUGCAGUUCUCGUCCAAUGCCUGCCUGUUCCGCCACGAGCGCGAGGCCCACGGAUUCCACGGCCACGGUGACAACCCUCACCUGUGUCUCUUUGACGGAUGCGACCGCUCCGUUCCGGGUUAUGGAUUCCCCCGCAGAUGGAACCUCUUUGACCACAUGAGACGGGUUCACGACUACAACACUUCCGAGAGACACAGCUCCCCAGAUGCCUCUCCUACCACUGGACCCAGCAACAAGAAGAAGGAAACUGGACGUAAGCGUCGGGUGACAGGCGUCACCGCCGCCCCAACCAUGAAGCGCACUCGCUCCACCCAGUCUCAGACCAACCCCCUGAAGGCUGCUCAGCAAACCUCUGCUCACCACAACCAGCGCCUUCAGAAUGCGGAAAGGAACUACUACAACUGCCGCUCCAGGUUGCUUGAGGAGAUCAGCAACAUCACGCCUCAGGACUCUGCUAUGCACGAGAAGGUCAAUGCCAGCCUUCAGGAACUGAUCACUUUGGGAUUGAACUUCCGCAGCAUUGAAGCCAGCCAAGCUGCUGCCCAGUUCAACGGACUUGCCGCAUAAAGGUUCAAUGAAACCUGAAUCUUGUCGGUUUUCUAAAUGCGUCUUUCCAGCAUCACUGCUCCAAGCAGUG